GUUGGGACAGGGCCAGAAGCGGAGAUUCGUAGUUGCCACCUUUCCGGCGUGUCAUGCAGCCCACUGCAGGCCUGCUUCUCUGCGUAAUUCUCAUAUUCACACAGCACAUAUACAAAAUAGUCGUCAAAUACGGGUUUCCUAUACAAGUUGGACGGCGCUCGCAGCGGACUCGUAGCAUCUCUUCUUACCUGAGGUUGCGUCGCAGGUUCCAAGAUGUCCACCAGACUCGCGUUGUCACAAUGCCCUCGGUUUUUCCGGUUGCUGACGACGAGGAGUUGCAGACCAACGCCGUGCAGUAUUAAUAUACCGCAGUCCGCCGUCGGGGAUGUUCGGUGCUUGUGGGUGUCCUCACGAACCCGAAGUUACUCCAGCACCGCGAAAGGUUUCGGUGUCCCGUCGACCCGCCUGCACACCUCAGCUACUUCAUCACAACGACUCUCCCCAGCAGAAUGGUGGCGGCGGCGAGGCAGCAACCCUCCAGCUCACGGAACCGUAGUCCGACCACGUCGCCGAGGAGCAACCGCAUUCAUCACCCUCUUCGGGUUUCUCGGCGGAACCGUUCUCGGUUUCUACCUGUACGACCGCGAAGGUUUCAACCACAACGUUCUUGCCCUCGUUCGGAGUUCGCGCGCGUUGAAGACGGGUUUCUUGAUGGGAGUGGAUUACAAGUGGUCGCUGAGAGAUGACGAGGCAAAAAUAGGGAAGGAGGAGUAUGAGCGGCGGAAGAGUGCGUGCCAUCAGAGGUCGGCGGAUCGGAUGCUGGAACUGUGUAAGGACAACCAGGGCAUUUACAUCAAGUUGGGACAACACAUUGCGGCGAUGGUGUUCCUUCUGCCCCUCGAAUACACCGAGACGAUGCGACCUCUCCAAGACCGCUGCCCAAUGACACCCUUCGCGGAUGUCGAAGCCCUUUUCAAAAGCGAUUUAGGCUGCUCGAUAUCCGACAUGUUCUCCGAAUUCAACCCGCAACCACUCGGAGUCGCCUCGCUCGCUCAGGUUCACCGCGCCCGCCUGCUCACGGGACAAGAAGUCGCCGUCAAAGUGCAGCACCCGUAUCUCGAUGAAUACACGCCAGUCGACAUUGCGACGACAUGUUUCAUUGUGCGCCUAGCGAAGAAGGUGUUCCCCCAGUUCGAUUUUGAUUGGCUGGCGGAGGAGAUGCAGGAGAGUUUGCCCCAGGAACUGGAUUUUGUGAAUGAGGCGGCGAAUGCGCAGAAGGCCAAGGCGCUGUUUGCGGAUCAAUCUGUAUUGCAUAUUCCGGAGGUGUAUUGGUCGGCGCGUCGGUUGCUGGUGAUGGAAUUCUGCGCGGGAGGAAAGAUCGAUGAUGUAGAGUACUACCGAAAGCACAACCUGAGUGUGAUGGAGGUCUCCGCGGAAUUGUCGAAAAUCUACUCGCAGAUGAUGUUCCUCCAUGGUUUUGUACAUUGUGAUCCUCAUCCCGGUAACAUCUUCGUUCGCCCCCGUCCCCGCCCUCUCCUGUCCUACAUCCCCAUCCUCCGCUGGUUCCUCAGCAACCCGCACAACUUCGAAAUCAUCCUCCUCGACCACGGCCUCUAUCGUCAACUCUCCAACGCCUUCCGCCUCGACUACGCCCACCUCUGGGCCUCCAUCCUCGCCGGAAACGAACCCGACAUCCUCCUAUAUUCCUACAAGUUGUUCAGCUACGGUAAAUACGGCAGCGCAUCACCGGCAAAAGCAAGCGAUGGGAUAGAAUACCACCGCCUUUUUGCGUCGAUGCUAACCGGCCGCAGCUGGGACGUGAUCUCCGACCACGAAACGGGCCUCGCGCAAAAACGCACCACCCACGAAUUCGAAGUCAUCAAAGCAAAAGCAUCCACCGGUAGAUUCUUCCUCGCCAUCGCCGACAUCCUCGCCAAACUGCCGCGCGAACUCCUCUUGCUGCUCAAAUCCAACGACCUCCUCCGCGCCGUCGACGAGAAACUCGGCGUCGCUGACGCCGGCGCGGAGGGUGGGAUGGACCACAUGCUCCGCACGGUGGCCACGAUGGGAUGGUACUGCGCGCUGGCGAUCAAGCGCGAGACGACGAGGCAGAUGGUGGCGCAGAGGGCGGAGAUGGGGAUUGUGAGGCCGGUGUGGACCGAGGAGGCGUAUUGGAGGAGUGUGGUGGGGUAUUGGAGGGUGGGGAUUAGGGUGUGGGCGUUGGAGGCCUGGUUGUGGGGGAGGAGGGUUUUCAGGCGGUUGAGUGCUGCUGGGUGAGGCACAUUUCUCCGACGAGCGCCUGCCCAGAGUCGCACGCUGAUCUUGCGUAAUCCUUGCUUGGUUCUCGGCGAAAAUUUCUCCGCGCUGGAGAUCCCAGUCGAUUG